AAUAGGGUAGCUGAGAGUGUGAGGGAUUGAGAUUUAUUAGCACUUCCGAUUGGGUUUAGUGUGGCAAAGAGAAGAAGAGUCUCAAAUUUGGUAGCAGGCUUGGUGACUUUUGGAAUCUUGGUUACUACAGUAGGCUGGAUGGUGGUCAUGAUCGUGGGCAUGGCUGAGGUGGAAGGUGACAGGUGAGUAGGGGUGGAAGAUAGUGGAUAAUGGGUGGAUAAUGGGUGGAUAAUGGCUUGAGAUGGGAUUUUGGGUGGGGGUUUAGGGGUAGGAGAGGGAUUUGGAGGGUUUUAAGGGUGGUUUUGGGGUUUAUGUGAAAUAAUGAGGUGAAAACGACGACUACAACUACAACUUCCGGAGAAUGAAGAGUUUUGAGUACAGAUAAUCCGAGAAGGCUCUUAGCUUCAGGUACUCCUUAUGACUCUUCCACUUUGAAGUCUCUAACUACUGACUUCACGGUAUUAGAGGUCUCCUUUACUGAGGAAUGGGAGGAGAUCAACUCAGCAACGAUUACUGAGGAAGUAGAGUAUCCAUUAAUCCAUGGAAUUACACUCGCUAUGUGACAAGAUAGACCCUUUAAUUAUAAUUUUAGUCUGUGGUAUGGUUUAAAAACGACUCCCACUGAAGUUUCAGUGUCUCCAUUGACAAAUUGUACCACCGAUUUGUUCCCUGAAGAAGUUCGUGAAGAGGUUAACAAAAUUGACCUAUCACCAUGACUUUGUCCUAAAAAUCCUGAAGACAUUCCUAUAAAUGGGAACCAAUUAAACAAUGAUAUAUACGCUUUUGCGUUUGGGAAUAUUGGACUGAACUGUACAAAUAACUGAGAUGCAAAGGAUGAGUACUACAACGGGCUUACUUACACACUGUAUUAUACUGCUGGCUACUACAAACCUUCUUCAUCCCCACCUUACGGUUUUAAACUCGAAGAGAAAACAUUUUAUCCAAACGUGGACAUAACUAUAGAUAGUUAUCUCUAUCUCAGAAAGACCCAGGUCACCUCCAGUUCAGGCUCAGUGCAAGGCUCGUUCUACACGGGUAACUUUAAGAAUAUCAAUUCAGGCAGUACAGUAGAAGGAAUUCCUCUUCUGGUACAGGUCACGAGAGAUAGCAUCACUAACAGAAUUCAAACAUCUACCAAAACAGUCUGGACACCGGUAACAGGUGGGAGAAAUCUUGACAACAAGAGUACAAGUACAACUCAAGUAAGCACAGAGACGAAGAAGAUGGCGUUUUAUUAUAAAGUGUUGUACACAAUGGCCAAUAUGGGAGGAUUGUUCAUGAUCUUAUGGCUGAUCAUCAGUCUAUUAGCCAAGCCAAUAAUGCAUAGAAUGCAGACCUUUAGCCUGGUCAACAGUGUCAACAAUGAUAGAGAAUAUUUGAUAAGUAACUACAAGAGAAUCGAACAAAACAGGACCAAAGAUCUUGCUAAUUUUAAGAAUUCACUCACCCAGAGAUUAAAUAGAGAGGCCAUGCUAAGAAUAAAGGAAGGGGAACAAGAAGAUGAGAAAGUUCAAGAGAUGAAUGAGGUUAUCCAACAUGACUCUGGAUAUCAAGAAAGGUCUAUUGAACCCCAAGUUGAUGGUUUAAAAUGCCAGAAAUCAAAGUCUCUGAAGAGUAAUCGCACAGCUAAAGUUUAUGCUGUUCAGGAAGAAUACGAAAAUCCUUCUUCCCAAGAAUUUCAAAGGAAGAAGAACUCAUUUUUGCCAAAAGAAAAGAAUGAAAGUGAACACUACACAACUUGGGAUAUGCUAAAAGCUAUUUUCUGCUGUUGGAGAUCAAAGCCCUCAAAUUUAUUAGAAUCCAAAGAAUUUAGACUUCUGGAGGACCUCCAUGCUCUAAACAGAGAAAGAGAGAUCAGCAUCUUCCUAUCCAAAGUGACUACACUUGAAAAGAGAAGUAUUAUCUUAUCAGAAAUGCUUAAAAAUAGCAUCACCAAUAAAUAAUUCCUAAAUUCUCCAUAAAAC